AUGAUUGAGACUGUAAUCCCUGAAGAAGAAGUUCCGUUAAUUCUCAAGCAAUACAACAAAAUCGCUUUAAAACUUGUAAAACAGCAAGAAUUUGAAAGAGCUUUAGAAGCGCUCUCUAGAUCUGACGAAAUUUUGGAAGCUCUUCAAGCAGCAGGAAGUGAGGUUGACAAUCAUUUUCGCUUACUCCGAUCAAUUUUAUUUAACUUAUAAAUUUGUUUCUUAGAAUUAAAUAUAUAGAAAUUAGCCAGAGAUUCCUUUAUAAUUGUCAUUAUAAAUUUUAUACAAAGAUUUAUUUUUCCAAGAAGUAGUUUAUUUUUUUCAAUAGUUUUGCUUACUCACGGGAGGUUAGAAACCUCUCACAAUCGCUCAAUAUGUUUACAAAGACUAGGCUUACUAGAAGAUUGUGCAGCUUCCAUAAAUCAUUGCCUUGAAAUAAUCAAAGCCAAAAAAUCUUCAAUUAAAACUGUUUCUGAAAAAAUAUUUUUAUCUAGAUAUAUUUGCAAAUCAAGAGUCAGACUAUGUGCAAUAUUUUCACAAUUAAAAGAAAAUGAAAAAGCCUUAAGAUAUGCAUUUAAAGCUGAAAAAAAUAUAAGAUUUUGCCUAGAAGAGUGCUUAUUAGCAUGCAAAGAACAGAUAAAAUUAAAUGAUAAAAUAUCAAAAUCAUCAAGAUUAAGAAAUAGAUUUGCAAAGCAACAACAGUAUAAAUUACUUGAGUCACCUCAUUAUUUGCAGUCACAAAAUGUAAUAAAUCAGGCUUUGCCAUAUUUAAAAGUCAUAUGUAAACAAUUUAAAACAAAAAAGAUUCAAAAAGUAAAUAAUGUCAAAGGAAUAUUUCAAGCAGCAGAUAUGGAAUGGAUAAAUAAUUGGAAUAUUGGAGACGUUAUGGUUAUUCAACCCUAUGAAACUGAAGGAGCUCAUGGAGGAUUUGGGUGUGAUCAAGAGCUUACAAAAGAAAAACUUUUUGAAAAAACCUUGCUGAUUGUUGUGACUCAAUUUUGCAUAGCGACUGAAAUAAGAAAUUUAAUAGGAAAAAACACAAAUUACUCCAAAAAAGAUGCUUAUUUGUGACACAAAAAAGCUGUAAGAAACGCAAAAAUGUUUUUACCAACUUCUUCUGCUUUAUGCAUUCAUGUAAAUAACACUUUUCAAACUAAUUUCAGCAAAGAGAUACAGAAAGAAAAGGGGAAGAGAGAAUUAAAGCCAGAUUUUGGAAAAACCCUUGUAAUUCAUACAAAAACUAGAAUAGACACACUGAAUCCUGAACAAUUAAGGUCAAUUUAUCGUCCGCGGUCAUCAUCAACACGCCUCAAUAGAACUAUCUUAAAAGACGAUAGAAGAGCUCUGACCUCCUUAAAUGCAACUAUAAGUGCCAGAAAUAAGCUAAAACAGAAAAGUGAAAAUGAUAAAGAAAUUUUUGUUAAACAAGCUUUAGGGUUUGAUAAAUUAUUUAACAAAGAAGAGUCUCCAAAUAAAUCACUUCUAAGCACAAAUGAUAAAACAGCUGAGUUAAAGGAGCAUUUUAAUACAGAAAAUGAUAUAAAUAUUUCACCAUAA